CGAAAAAGCAUUCUUUGCUUGAUUCUUUGGAAUGUUUGUAAUCGUCUGAGAGAAUACUUACUGUCAAUUAAUUAUGGAUAAAAGAAAAUUUAAAUUUAGAGGUGGUUUGCAUAAGAACAUAAUAAGAAGUCAGGUAUUAUCAGAUAGUGGAAGUUCUGAUACUAAAUCAUUGCAUGAAGAGACAUUAGUUAACAGAAAUACAUUGUUAAGCAGUAAUUCGUUUUCAAGUCAAUGUCAAGGUUUGGCUGAAUCUACAGUUAUAAAAAAGAGACGGGAGGACCCAAAUAUAACGGAAGAUAGGUCCAAAAAUAUUUAUCGUAAAAAUGCUUUACUCAAUUCAUCAGUUACAUCAAAGACAAAUUUUAAUACAGUUUCUACUGUGCACUGUAAAUUUGUGGAAUUCUUAAUAGAAUCUGGCAUUAAGUUAAACACAGAUGCUCCACACAUGCUUUGUAAUGAUAUUAUAAUAGUUCAACAGAAAAUGAAAACAUUAUUAACUUCAAAGAAGUAUAAAAAAGAAGAAUUAAUUAGUUUAAUGGAAAAGUAUUUUGAAAAUGAACAGAAUCUUGAAAAUGCUUUGUCUGAUAUGGAAAUAUUUAUUAAUAAUACAGUAUCGAAUGUAUUGCAUAGUUCUUCUCUGAUAAAAAUUUUACUGCAAAUAUCAGAGUUACAUCCAGAAAUAUAUAGUAGCCUUUUGAUCAAACUUAACGAGUCUAUACUUAUGGCUGAUUCUAUUGAGACAGUACCGUGGGCUCUGUCAUUGUUGCAACAGUUUCGUUUCUUGGAUGUUGUAACUACUUCUGAUGUUUUAACCAGAAAUUUAGAGCAGCUUUUGGAAACUUGUCCUAUGUGGUUCCAAAGUGAAUUGAUCUUAUAUCUACCUGAUAUUGUGAUUGAUAAACAGCAUCAAACUGUUGCAGAAAUUUUGGAUAAAGUAUUAGAUGAGAAUACAGAAUUGAUAACUUUAAUAUUAAAUUGUAUAAGUAAUUUGAACCUUACGAAAAAAUAUUUGGAUGAAUACAAAAAUAAAAUAUUAAAUUUAUUAAAAUCAAAUAUAAACCUAAAUGCUAUACCAGCUGUUGUAAAAUUUGUUUUAGAAGAUUGUUCGGAUACGGAAAUCUUUAAAAAAACAUUAACUGUGUUACGCAAUACUGACAUACAGCCUCUUGCUGGAGAAAAAGUUGAAGAGUGUUACCAAAAUCAAUUAAGUAUAAUCAAUACUUUGAAAAUGAACAUACUUCUUUCAAAAAAUACAGUGAAUACUGCACUUCUGUUUAUAAAAGAUAUUUCCAAAGAUCCAAAAUCAUUAGAUAUCAUUAUGUUACUUCUUAUAUUUUUAACAACAAAGACAAAAAAGAAGAAUGUUGAAAUUAUAUUUAAACAACAUAUACGAUCUGGUUUUUACAGAGCAAGUUUAUUAAAUUUAUUAUAUAAUGAUUACAAACAGGUUGUACAAGAAUUACAAUCAACAGUGUUGCAAUUGACAAGUAAUUUACUGAAAACAGAUGAACGUGUCUUUAUUGACUUUGCUAUUGAAUGGUUACGGCUACAGUUUAGAUGUUACAGGGAUAAUGUGUUCAAGCAACGUGAAAUAUUAGAAAGAAUUAUAUUCCUUAUGGGUGACAGUGAUCAGACAGUAAAGAAUGCUUUGGCAUUUCUCUGUAAAAUGGUAAUGACAGAAGAAGAGAGACAAUGUUUAGCGCCCCAUUGUAAUCAUCUUCGUAUUUUACUGGAAAAGUUAGAUAACUUGGGUUUAGAAGAAGUUGGAACAUUGAAUGAUUUAUUACAAAAUUUAUGUGUGAACUCCAGCUCUACAUCUGAUUCUCUACGAGAUGAUUUAUUCAUACUGUUACAAAAGCAGUUAUCUAGUUUUAAUCCGCAAACAAAAUGUAAAGGUGUUCUAGCAGCAGUUAUGGCAAUAAAACAUUUAAUGAAAACAGCUGAAACUUCUAAUGCCGCAUAUAAUUUAUUUAAAACUGUACUGAACAAUGUGAAGAAUUGUCCGAGGUCGAAAGCCCUAUUUUAUGAUCAGUUAACACGUAUUAUUUACCAGGCUCAAGAAAUUGAUGCAGACUUCAUACAAAAUUUGACAAGUUACAUCGAGGAAGAAUUUGUCAAUGCAAACAUGACUGAUAAAGACAAUUACAGCGGAGAAUUAAUUCCCAAGUUUGGAUUAAACAAAACAGAAGAUGAACCUCAAAACAGUGUUAUCACGUUUGAAAACAAAAAGUAUGGCGCAAUUGUAGCAAUUACGUUCAAACUUCUCAGAACAUGUUGUAUAAGACUUAGCGAAAAUGGAGAUUUAGACGCUAUAGACUCUCUUCUAGGCUGUGCAAUAUUAAUGCCAGAAAAUUUUGACAUAGCAGAAAAUUCAAUAAUAGAUUUAAUAAUAUGUUGUAUUAACUGGUUUCGAGAAGUAAUUAGUGGUUUUGUCACACAAAAAGAUUCUUUGUUACAAAAACAAAUAUUACAACGACUUGACAAUUUAAUUCAUUUGCAAAGAGAAUUAAGCAUAUUGUUUUCUUUAUGUGAUACCAAAUAUCAACCGGCUCCAUGUUACUUUCACUAUUUUCCGGUACCAUCUUUUAUAAGAAUCGAAAAGAAAAUUGCAGAAAAAGGUAAAAAGGGAAAGAAAAGAGCUGCAGAAAAAUCGAUUAGCUUUAGCGAAGAUGAAAACUGGGAAUUCGGUUCCCUAAUAUGUUCUAAAAACCCAAUGUAUUUUAGAAAAUUGGAUGCAAAGGUAGUUCAUCUUCUUGAUAUAAAAAUGGAAUUAAAUAAAACACAGCCUACAAAGCAUAACAUAUCUGUAAAACAAGUAUGUUUUAUUGUUAAAGAACUUCUGGGGAUGUUUGAAUAUGAAAAUAAUGAAAUUUUUGUAAAAGAUUUAAUUGAAGUACUACCCAAGAUUUGUUCAAAGUUACAAGAUAUUGUGGAUACUUUGAGAGAGGGAAGUGAGAAUCAAAAUAACAAAGCUGCUAAAUUAUUGUUAUCUCUUUUGACGAAAAUUUUUAAUUGGAAAGGAUUUGAAAGUGUUACUUAUAAUAUGUUAUUACGAGAGGGGUUGCGGACUUUAGCGAGUCAGGUAGAUGAAAGUAAUGAUGCAUUACGAUCUUGUAAAGGACUUGUUGCGGAAUCAUGCAAAUACUUUGAGUCAUUAUCUGACAUUGCCACGCAAAUAUCAUUAGCUAUUACAUUAAUUAAUAUGUGUCAAUCAUUAAUGAAACAUUCUGAGUCUUAUACUAAGGAAAGCAAAGGAAAAUAUGCAAAAAUGGCAUUUGGAUUUUUAUGCCUUCAGUGGCCAGAGGAUAAACAUUUUACUCCUCAAUACAAAAAGGCCGUGACUGGAUUAUUAAACAGUUGGAUUGAUAAUGAACCAUUACCACUGAAGACAAUUACUUCAGUUUUGGAAUGGUUACCAGAUGAAACUGCUAAGUUGGAGAAACCUCAAGACUGUUUAAGCCGAAUUCCUUCUAUAAAAAGGAGUAAUUUUCAUUCCUUCUAUAAGAAAAUAUUUGAUGGUCUGAUCAAUGGUAUGAAAAUAGCACUGCCAUUGGCUAGUAGAGAUUCUACAAGGAUAGAAUUAUGGGGUGAAAUUGCAUCUAAUGUUCAAAAGUUAGUUCAAAUAUCCAAAACUUUGACUACAAAAAAUAAUGUAUUAAUUUUUUUGAAAUAUAUGCCCAUACUAUUGAAAUAUUUUUUAAAUGUUGGAAUGCCAAUUCUUGAACACAAUUUGAAGUAUCAAAUAGAGGAAGUAACUAAAAUACUGAAAAUGAUGCAAGGAGGUACAAGAUAUUUACACACAAUAUGCUGUGAUAGUGCGGAAAAAAAAGAUCUUACAUUAACAAAAUAUGUUCCUGCAGCUAAGUCUGUACUCGAAAGGCUGCUUUACAGUGUAAAAGGAAUGUUAGUCCUUAAUAAUAGUCCUGCCGCUUUUUGGAUGGGGAAUCUAAUUAAUAAAAAUCUGGAAGGCCAAGAAAUUCUCUCACAGAACUUAUCUUCAGAAGAAAGUACUUUACCAAGCUCUGAUAAUAUUGAUGAAGUGAGUAACGACGUAUCGUCGGAUAUAUUAGAAAGUGAUUCAAAUGAUGAUCUUGCUAAUGAAGACGACAUAUCGUAA